CUUUGGAAAGAUCCAAAAUUCAUUCAGUGAAGUUCACAGAGUCAGGAAGCUGCUAAAACUGGGCAAGUCAGUCUGCAAAGUGGUUGUUGAAGAUGGUCGUCAGGGAACAGGCUUUGUGUUGUUUGACAAACUAUGAAGAUCCUAUCCUACACAAAUUACAGCUACUUCCAGCUGGCCGACUCUUACGUCUGCUACAUUGAGGGUGAGCUAGAUUACGCCGUACUUGAGCUCAAGCCUGAGGGACAGAAGUUCAACCAAACAACACAAACAAAGGAAAUAAAGGUGCCACCAGGGCUCCUGAAGAUAUUUGGUAAGAUGCCUCCGAAUGGUGAAGCCUGUCUGAUUGGUCACCCAGCAGGAGGACUGAAAAAAAUGGAUCCAACCUGUAUCAUUGAGAAAGAGAAGAGGGAGCAGGCUGUCAGAGACUACUUACAUCCAUACAAAGACAGUCUUUUCAUUGUCCAUCCAAUCAUACUUCAUAUCAAAGCACAAGGCAUUGACAACAUAAUGAUGGGUGGAAGUCGAGCUGAAAAUGUAGCAACCUACCCCACUUUCAUGUAUCACGGCUCUUCUGGCUCCCCAGUGUUUGAUGCUCACGGCCGAGUGUUUGGUUUGCACGCUGCAGGAUUUGACCCUGGGUUUCCAAACCACACAGAGAGUGUGACAGAGUUCGCCCAACCUCUGCUCACUAUAUUUGAACACUUUGUGAGCAAGCUGAAGGAAAGUGGAAAUGAGGGCCUGUUGAAGAGAGUUCAGAAAAAGGCAAAGGGAAACCCAUACCUUAAAAGGGUUUUUAGUUCCAUGGGCACUUGCACCGAUGUCUCAGCAGACAGUGAUGAGCCAAUGCAGACUGAAUUGAUAGUAGAAUAGAAGAGAAUAGAAAGAACUUCAGCUUCAGUUUCGGCAUUUUACUUUCACCACUGU